CCGACGGCAAAAGUUGCCUACGGCAAGACGGGCGACCCUCCCAGUCGCCACCUGGGCCUGGUGUCCGCCCAUUGCGUCGGGGAGCAGCCCUUUUAAGAGGCCUCUGCGCCCUUCCCUGGCCUCUCUUUCCGCCAGCCAUGCGCUGCUCCUGGAUGGGGCUUGCCCUGCUGCUUCCCAACCUUGGCCUCUGCGCCGCCAUCCAGUGGUUGAGCCUGGCGGCCAAUGGGACACAAGUUGCCUGGGAUAACCCCCAGGACUGCCGCCUUCUAGCAUCAGACGCCUUCGCCCGGUUAUGCCGGAGGCACCUGGAGGCGAUGCCCAGCCUGGUGGAAGCGGCACGCCAGACCAAGGCUGUCUGCCAACAGACCUUUGCCAACUCACGGUGGAACUGCUCGUCUGUCGAGGGGGCACCUCACUUGGCCCCAGACCUACAGAGGGGCACCAGGGAGUCUGCCUUCGUUUAUUCCCUGGCAUCUUCUGCCGCCAGCCACUCCAUUGCCCGGGCCUGCGCUUCUGGGCAGGUUCCUUUCUGCUCCUGUGGCUCCACUCCCUCUGAGGCACCCCACCCCAGCUUUCAGUGGGGUGGCUGUGGGGACAAUCUCCCCUUCGGACUCCAGCUGGGCUCUGCCUUUGUUGACGGCCCGAUGAAGUUCAGCAAGGCGGGGACGCAGAUCUCCAGGGUCCUAAAUCUCCAUAACAAUGCAGUGGGCCGGCAGGUCCUGUCAGACUCCCUGGAGACUAAGUGCAAGUGCCAUGGGGUGUCUGGAUCUUGCACUGUCAAGACCUGCUGGAAAGGCUUGCGGGAUUUAGCCACCAUUGGCUCAGAGCUCAAAUCCAAGUACCUGGAGGCCACACAGGUGAUGCCUUGGCUUGUGGGCAGCAGGAGGCAGCUGGCACCUAGAGGAGGCAGCCUCCGGCCCCUGAAGGCAGAUGAACUGGCCUACCUUGUACAUUCCCCCACUUAUUGUCUGAAGAACCCCAAGCUGGGCUCCUUGGGGACUCAGGAUAGGCCUUGCAACAAGACUUCAGCGGGCAGUGGCGGGUGCCGCCUACUCUGCUGCGGCCGCGGCUACAAUACUUAUGCAGAGAGGGUGGAGGAGAAGUGCCGCUGCAGGUACCAUUGGUGCUGCUACGUGACCUGCAAGAAGUGUCAACAGGUGGUUGAAAAACAUGUCUGCAAGUGACCAGAGGCUGGGCCCUCCGAGUUAAGCUAUACCCCUUUCCAACGAGAGGGUUCAUAUACAGAGAGAUAAACAGAUAUAUAUUUAUAUAUAUAAUUUUAUAUAUAAUUAUAUAUAUUUUAAAAAUAGUAAUUUAAUUUU